CGUUUGAAUUUCACAGGAUAAAUACCAUCCACAACGGUAUAUAUUUUGACUAACUCGUUUGUUGCCUUUCAGAAAUUCCAUUUCAUCUUCCUAUUUCAAAAUCUUUCGAAGUAAAAUCAAAAUGCCGAAGAAGUUUGUUGAAAAUUCAUAUCGAAGACAUGUUGUUCGUCUUGUGAAAAGGGGUUAUGAAGAAGGAAAUGUGCUGUUAUAAUACAUUUGGUUCUAAAUUUUGCCUCGGUUUCAGAAACAUACAAGCAAUCUAUAUAUCAACCACAAAGCAUUUGCCAUUAUAUCUGGUAAAAAUGGAAAAGAAGGGCCGAGCAGCUGUUGUUGUGCUUGGUGACUUGGGACGCAGUCCUCGGAUGCAAUAUCAUGCCCUCUCUCUUGCACGGCAGGCUUUCUUUGAGGUUGAUAUUAUUGCAUAUUCAGGAACUGAACCACAUGGUGCUGUGUUGGAACAUCCAUCUAUUCAUCUACAUUUGAUGCGGCAACCCAUUCCCCAGGGUCUACCACGAUUUCUCUAUCUCUUGGCACUUCCUUUAAAAACGAUGUUACAAUUCGCUAUUCUAAUUUGGUACAUCUGUUUUAAGAUACCUACCCCAGAUUUAUUCCUUGUACAGAAUCCCCCUUCUGUCCCUACCUUGAUUGCUGUAAGAUGGGCAUGUUGGAUAAGAAAGUCUGCCUUCCUUAUUGAUUGGCAUAAUUUUGGUUAUACUUUACUGGGUUUGACUCUUGGGAAAUCGCAUCCUCUGGUGAAGUUAUACCAUUGGUGUGAGAAGCAUUAUGGGAAAAUGGCUGAUGGAUGUUUGUGUGUUACAAAAGCCAUGCAACAUGAACUGGCUCAAAACUGGGGCAUAAAAGCAACUGUUGUGUAUGACCGUUCUCCUGAAUUUUUCCGUCCUACAUCACUGAAAGAGAAACAUGAGUUGUUUUGCAGACUGAAGAAGGCUAUUGCAAGUCCGUUUGCCAUCCAUGAUUGUUGCAGUUACACUGAAACAGUGGAUCAAAGCAUAGAAAUUGUUUCUAGAGUAGAAGAUGGAAAAAGUUUAACCGGCAGGACUGAUAGUACUGGUACUUCAUAUCCAAGAAUAGCAGAUUUUGAUAUCACUCCUGAUCAAGUUGAGCAGACACUUGUUACAGAUCGUGUGGUCAGGAUGGAGAGUCAGUUUGAUAAUGAUGAGGAUAGCAUUUUGUUGAAAGAAAACAGACCAGCUGUUAUUGUCAGCAGCACCAGCUGGACUCCAGAUGAAGAUUUUGGCAUGCUUUUAGAGGCAGCUAUUAUGUAUGAUAGGCGUGUUGCUGCUAUUUUAAAUGAAUGUGAUUCUGCAUCAGAGGAAAGCCUUUGGGAGGACUUUUCCAAGGGAAAGAAGUUUUCAUUCCCAAGGUUGCUUUUUAUCAUUACAGGGAAAGGACCAGAAAGGGAAAAGUAUGAAGAGAAGAUAAGGAAGUUACAUCUGAAGCGUGUAGCUUUUCGUACCAUGUGGUUGUCUGCAGCUGACUAUCCUAUAUUGCUUGGAUCAGCAGAUCUAGGUGUUUGCCUACAUACUUCUUCAUCUGGAUUAGAUCUCCCAAUGAAGGUUGUAGAUAUGUUUGGAUGUGGAUUACCAGUUUGUGCUAUUUCAUAUUCAUGUAUCAAGGAGCUUGUGAAAGUUGAUGAAAAUGGCAUUUUAUUUGCUUCAGCUUCGGAAUUGGCUGAUCAACUCUUGGAACUAUUCAAAGGCUUUCCAGACUCUUGUGAUUCACUAUUUUUACUAAGAAAAGGGGCUCUCGCAACAGGGUCAGCUGCAAAAUGGGCCAGUGAAUGGGAAGAACAUGUCAUGCCUCUUUUAACAGAGGUCAUGAAGAGAAGGCUGUGAUCAAGCUUCUUAGUUUAGGGAGGCAUUCUGAAGCUCAACACUGAAACUUGAUGCAUAUAUCAAGUUUCAAUCGAAGUACCACAAUAUUUACCAAUAUCUUGGAAAUAUUGUUUGUCCGUCAUAUUGAUUUGAUGGUUUUUGCAGCCAUGAAGUAGCAAAUUACAUGCAUUAAGCUGUGCAGGAAGUCAUUUGGGUGGGAAGUUGAAUUUGUAUGAUCUUUAAAGAAUUUCUUUGACAAACUUUCCUGGGAAAUUUGUGCCAUCAUUUUUCAAAUGAAUAUUUUUCUGGAUUUUUGCAGAGUUCCUGAAUUAUAUGCAACAUUUUAUUUGUUUUAGGUUUGCUUACUGGAUAGAAUAAAACUUGGAGGUUUGCAGAACAUUAGCAAUAAAUCUGAGCUUUUAAAAAAUUUAGUUUCAAGUGCUCAGUCUAAACUGCUGCUAUCUUGUACUCAAUAGGUUGACAACGUAUGGGUGGUAUAAGCUCUUCCUAUUUCAAAUACUCUAUGAAUAGAAAUGUAUGUGAAAAUUAUAGAAAUUAAUAUAAAAAAUAGAUUGCUCGUUUUCCAUA